CUCUAAUGUAGAGUUUUCUAGAAAACCAACGGGUCUUUGAGCCUUCUCGAUUUACCGCUAGCCCCACCUCCUCCAGCACCCGUUGACGAUGAAGGCUACACGAUAAGGGAGCAGGAAAAUGACAAAGAGGAUACGAAUUGGUCAUCUUGUAGCAGUAGCGAUGAAGAGGAUGAGAAUACCUUACAACAGUCAAAAAUUCGAAGCUUGACCAUUCGGCCAGCGGAUUCAGCUAAAACCAUGAAUGCAUCUGUGGAUGAACUGCGAGAUGCUAUUGGGCAUAUCAAUAUAUGUAGGAGUAAUACUUUUGAUAAGGACCCUUGGACAAUUGGUGGUUCAAAUCGUCCCCCGAUGUUUUCACAAUCACUAAGUGGUGGCAGCUUGAAGCCGCUUCGACCGUGUCACACUGCUGAUGGUCGAUUCAGAUCGACUUUCAACGAGUCUGAUUUUGGCAAGAGCAACGUUCCGCUGAACUUCUCAGCUUCGAUGGGACCUGUAGCGGGAAUGGCCCGCGCGCGACCAAGAAGUAACACACCUACGCUCAACUCUGCCUUUGGUGCUGGUGGUGCUACGUUGAGAAAGGACUCCGUGGGAUCUUCAGAUUGGGGAUCUUCCUUUGCUAUCAACAAUAGUGAUGGAAAUCAUUCGUUUGGAGAGUCAUCGUUCAAUUUAUCACAGUCUACGGCGAAUCUCAUGCAGGCCACAAUCAGUGAACAUCGUGUACCAGUAGCGAUGGCAAUCAACGAAUAUUCGCAUGUGUGGUUCAAGGGAGGAGAUAUAGAAAAUCGUGUUACUCGAACGUUUGGUACUGUGCUAAUCUCCUUUGCUGCAUCAUCAUUGCCUCUUUUGACGGAUGUGCACUCCGACAUUGAACCCCUUCUUUUCAAUCUCACUGACGCAGACAUGAUCAAGUCUGUGGUGCCGAAUAAACAGCUUCUUUUACCUGAUUCUGUUGCUUCCCAACAUGGUCCGUCGUAUCAUUACCAAUUUGAUCGACUCGGCUUGGCAAAUUGGCUGCUUGCUCAGCAAAAAGAAAAACCGAGCGCUGCAUUUUUCAACGCUGAGGUGGUACGUUACGAGCUAUGCGAUGAUGCGCGGGUCACUCAGCCUCCACUAUACAUCACUACCUAUUGGAAGUGUGAAGAGGACCACACAGAUGUUCGAAUCGACUAUCAACUAAACAACGAAUGCUCCAUAACAACCCCGCUAUUGAAUCUAGUCUUUACCACCAAGGUUUCUGGGGAAGUCAGCAGCGUGACAUCCGAUCCAACGGCUGCUUGGCAUGGAGAUUGUACGGGUUCGCUCAAGGCUCGAAUACAUCUUUCCGGCGGCGGACCAUCGCAACCGGCACAUGCCCAUGUACAGUUCCAGGUAAAAUAA